GCGUUCUGCGGCUGUUCCCAUCGAAUAACUCUUAUGCGCAAUUUGCGCAAAUGUGAUGCGCACGAAUCAGCUACAGCAGCACAGGAGAAGGAGGGACAUGGCUCACUUCACCUACAGCAGAAUGUCGCAUUUAUUGAGAUUUUCCGCAAACAACGCUUCAAUUUUAAGAACAGGCCUAGAACGAAAGGACGCAGCCGCAUGCUGUUUACAAUUAUUUCGCUGUCACCAGCGAUCAGUGGACAACAAGACUUUACAGGAGAGACAGAAGCAGCAGAUGGCCAGAGGUCUACCAAAACUGAAGUCCAUUCCAGGAGUUAAAGAGGUCAUUGUUGUAGCUUCAGGGAAAGGAGGUGUAGGCAAGUCCACCACUGCAGUAAACCUGGCUCUGGGAUUAAUGGCCAAUGACACGUCAAAGUCUGUGGGUCUGUUGGAUGCCGACAUCUAUGGACCAUCAAUUCCCAAACUAAUGAAUCUGAAAGGAAACCCUGAGCUCACUGACAACAAUCUGAUGAUCCCGCUCACUAACUACGGAAUUCCAUGCAUGUCCAUGGGUUUUCUGGUAGAGGACUCGGCUCCGAUCGUGUGGCGAGGACUUAUGGUGAUGUCAGCGAUGGAGAAACUGCUCAAACAGGUAGACUGGGGUUCCGUGGACUAUCUAGUUGUGGACAUGCCUCCAGGGACAGGAGACGUCCAGUUGUCCAUCACCCAGAACGUCCCAGUUGCAGGUGCUGUUAUUGUCUCAACACCGCAGGACAUCGCUCUGUUGGACGCUCGCAGGGGAGCAGAGAUGUUCAAAAAAGUCAACGUGCCGGUUCUCGGUCUGGUGCAAAACAUGAGCGUCUUCCAGUGUCCCAACUGUAACCAUCAGACACACAUCUUUGGCUCUGAUGGAGCACGGCAGCUAGCUCACACUCUGGGAGUCGAGGUUUUAGGUGAUAUUCCUCUGCACCUGAAUAUCAGAGAGACAUCUGACAGAGGACAGCCUGUGGUCGUCUCAUGUCCAGAUAGUCCAGAGGCAGAGGCUUACAGGAAGUUGGCCUCCUCUGUUGUCCGCAGACUACAGGAAGUGAACACUUGAUGGACAGAUGUGAAGUCACCUGACUUAUUUGUUUUUAUGAUUUUUACUGAGGAAAUGUUAAAUAUAUAUCACAAUUCAAUAAAACUGACAUAUCAAACUUC